AUGCUCAAGUCCUUACUCAAUUGCCCGCCAACAGCACCUGACUCGUAUCCCUACCAUACAGUCGCAAACACAAAUAUAGCUGAAACCCCAGCUUCUAGUCUACCCUCAGCAAAAGCCAGCAAGCAAGCAAGCAAGCCCCUUACACACCCUCUAAACUCAAGAUUCCCCCAUAUUCCUCGUAUCAAACUUUCUAGAACACCAAUCGAAUCAAAUUCCAAUUAA